AUGGUGCGUGUGCUGAUGAGUUCUUUGGUGGCUGCUGAGUCCAAUGCACAAGUAACAGUCCCACCUGCAGGCUCUGUCUUGAAAAAGAGCAAAGCUCCUGGUUGCUUUGUUGAUUCUGCUAGUGAGCUCAGCAUCAAGAUCACCAUUGGUGGUAACAGUAAAGCCAAGGUAGAAAAACUGGUCAACAACAUUCAGGCAACUCGUCACCUGGAUAAAAGAGAGGAGGUCAAUAUUGUAUACCUCGACUUCCAAAAGGCCUUUGAUCUGGUAUCCCAUAAUGUUCUCAUGGGAAAUUUGGAGCAAUGUGGGCUUAACUGCUUGACAUUUAGGGAGAAUGUCAUAAAACAAACAAAUAAACCAAUCAAUCAACAGAUGUCUGUCUCAGCAUCUGCUCUGCUCAGUCCUUGGGUAGCUCACGCCGGAGGAGAGCAAGGAGAAGCUGGGGUGAGAGGGGCAGGAUGCGGGCUGUUCCUGCGCAAACCCACCUUCAGGAAGGACCGGGUCGUGCACCCCGAGCCCGAGCUGGGCGAGCGGCCGCGCGAGGACAACCAGAGCUUCCAGUACGACCACGAGGCCUUUCUGGGCAAGGAGGAAGCCAGGACGUUUGACCAGCUCACGCCGGAGGAGAGCAAGGAGAAGCUGGGGAAAAUUGUUGAUAGAAUAGAUGAUGACAAAGAUGGCUAUGUCACAACAGAGGAGUUGAAAAACUGGAUUAAACGAGUGCAGAAACGCUACAUUUAUGAAAAUGUAGCAAAAGUCUGGAAAGAUUACGACCUGAACAAAGAUAACAAAAUUUCCUGGGAAGAAUACAAACAAGCUACGUAUGGUUAUUAUCUAGAAAAUCCAGAAGAAUUUCAAGAUGCGACUGAUCAACACAAUUUUAAAAAAAUGCUUCCCAGGGAUGAGAGGCGAUUCAGAACUGCAGACCUGGAUGGAGACUCAGCUGCCACGCGUGAGGAGUUCACAGCUUUCCUUCACCCAGAGGAGUUUGAGCAUAUGAAAGACAUAGUUGUCUUGGAAACGCUGCAAGAUAUUGACAAAAAUGAGGAUGGAUUUGUGGAUCAAGAUGAGUACAUUGCUGAUAUGUUUGCAAAUGAGGAGGGUGGACCAGAACCUGACUGGGUAGUUACUGAACGUGAGCAGUUUUCAGAUUUCCGGGAUCUAAACAAGGAUGGAAAAAUGGACAAAGAAGAGAUUCGGCACUGGAUUCUCCCACAAGACUAUGAUCACGCACAAGCUGAAGCGAGGCACUUAGUCUAUGAAUCAGAUGUAGACAAGGAUCAAAAGUUAACCAAAGAGGAAAUUCUAGACAACUGGAACAUGUUUGUUGGAAGCCAAGCUACCAAUUAUGGGGAAGACCUCACAAAAAACCACGAUGAACUAUGAUGUUAUUUACAAUUUAGAAUGCCACAGACUGUUGUUCAGUUUCUUUCCGCAUCGGGGAAGUUACUAAAGGUUUUUUGGCUGAAUAAUUUGCACCAAUAUGUUUUAAAGAAAGCAGUUUAUUACCUCAGAACCUGGGUAAAAAUAGCCUCUUGCUCUUUAUGCACCAUUAAAUGCAAUAGUUAGUCACUAUAAUUUUAUUUGGAAGGUCAGAAACCUGCCCGCACCCCUCCCCUUUUCUGAAUAGACUGCAGUAAAAUUUGGGGAAUGCACAUCUAAGACUCAGCUCUUAGGAUCCUUAGAAGUAUUAUUUUUUUACAUUUCCUUUUAAUAGCUCAGG